CGUGCACCGAGCACCUCACGUACAACGGCCAUUUCUGUGGGACUGUACGCUAUCGCGGAUCACGAAGUGUCUUUUCUGUCAAGAAAAUCUUUUUAAAUGAAUGCAACUGAGGAAACCCCGAUGCCCGAAGAUGUGGACGUUAAAGAGGAUAAAUUGCACUUCGUGGCACCAGGAAUUCAAGACAAUCCGGAUGGCUGGGGUCCCUGUGAGUUGCCGGAUCAAUUUAAAGACAUGCCAUACCAGCCAUUUUCCAAGGGAGACAGGCUAGGCAAGAUCGCAGAUUGGACCGGAUCGGCUUACCAGGAUAAGAAAUUCACGAACAAAUAUGCAUCGCAAUUUGGUUCGGGAAGUCAAUACGCCUACUACCACGAUGAAGAUGAAACGACGUUCCAUCUGGUGGACAACACCAGAGCCCAGAAGCCACCGUACCAGCGUGGACGAUUCGGCAGGAACCAGCGUAACAUGCGAGGUCGUGGAGGUCAACGCGGAGGAAUGAAUCAGAUGCAAGCCUUGGGCAAACUGAAGCUCCGUGAGCGAGAACGCAAGGGCCAGUCGAAACGUUGGGGUCGACAACAGGGUGGUUUUCGCAACAAUAGAAACCAACCUCAAAUCAAAAACCGCGACGCUUCCGUCACCGUGCGUCCGGAUUGGGUCACCAUUGAAGAAAUGGACUUCCCUCGAUUGGCGAAAUUGUCUCUGCCUGCCGUGAAAGAUGGUGAGGACGUCCUCUGUUGCGGUUCUCUAGAGUUCUACGAUAAAUCGUACGACAGAGUAAAUGUGAAAAACGAGAAACCCCUCCAGAGGAUAGACCGUGUCUUCCACACCGUCACCACCACCGACGAUCCCGUAAUUCGUAAACUCUCAAAAACAGAAGGCAAUGUUUAUGCCACUGACGCUAUUCUCGCAACGAUUAUGUGCUGCACUCGCAGUAAUUACUCCUGGGACAUAGUCAUUGAGAAAAUCGGAGACAAGCUCUUCUUUGAUAAACGAGACAACACCGAAUUCGAUCUCCUUACUGUCAAUGAAACGAGCGUAGAACCUCCCCAGGACGAGGGCAACUCUCUGAAUUCGCCAAGAAAUCUGGCUUUAGAAGCCACCUUCAUCAAUCACAAUUUCUCGCAACAAGCUCUUAAAUCCAACGAAAACCGAUACACAUUCGAUGAAGGGAAUCCCUUCAUUUCCGAGGAAGAGGAAGAAGAUGUCGCUAGUGUAGCUUAUCGUUACCGCAAGUGGGACUUGAACAACGGCAUCAUCCUGAUUGCUCGAUGCGAGCACGAUGCAGUCAUACAAGGACCCAAUAACGAUACCCAGUUCUUGACUGUAAAAGCUUUAAACGAGUGGGAUUCUAAGCUCGCCAAUGGUGUUGAGUGGCGGCAAAAACUUGACUCUCAACGCGGUGCUGUUCUGGCCAACGAACUGAGAAAUAAUGCUUGCAAAUUGGCCAAGUGGACUGUUCAGGCUCUGCUCGCAGGAUCGGAUCAAAUUAAAUUCGGUUACGUCUCGAGAGCAAUGGUUCGCGACUCUAGCAAGCAUGUGAUUUUGGGAACCCAGCAGUACAAACCCAACGAAUUCGCCACACAGAUUAAUCUGAAUAUGGACAAUGCGUGGGGAAUUCUGAGAUGCAUUAUUGAUAUUUGCAUGAAGCAGAAGGACGGAAAGUAUUUAAUCAUGAAGGAUCCCAACAAGCCUAUGAUCCGUUUGUAUAAUAUUCCCGACAACACUUUCGAGAGCGAUGGGGAUGAGGAUGAUGAUGAAGAUGAAGCUACCCAUGAUGCCUUCCAGAGUUAAACCUAAAGGAGCUCAGCUGCCCUUUGAUUUCAUACAUUGUGUCUACAGUCUUAUGUUACAGACGAUGAAGCUGUGUAAUAAGGUCCAUACUAGAAAAUUCUAGGAAGGCAAAUAAAACACGUGGUUAGACUAAGUAAAUUAAUAUUGUGCAGAAUGCUUAAUAUGUAUAUAAUUAAUCUGAAGCGCAUUCAGUCAUUGAUAAAGAAUAGAAAUAAUAGUUAACGAAAAAUUAAUAAAUGCACGUAAUUUUUUAUUUUU